GGAGUGGGGGGGGGGGGGGGAGAGAGAGCGGCGUCAUUCUUGGGCGUUUUCAUUCCCUCUUUCUCCUCCUCCUUUCCUUUCCCUUCUUCAUCCCUUCAAGUCUCACGACCAACCAUCGAUUAACCGCUAAAUUAUCGCUUUUCUAAUCCCUAAAUAGCUUCGUAUUUAGCCCGCUCCGCUCUGGAGCCAUCAGAAUUGCAAUUCUCCUCACAAAUCUAGGGAUUCCCGUCUAUUUUGCGUCCUUUCUGCCCCUUGAUCUCUACCACUUGAGAUCCUCCAUUUUUGCCUGAAACUGAGAAGGAAAACCGCGUUCAUCGAGUAUAAUAUUUCGUAAAAUAAGGGUCCCUGUUUCUUGAUUCGUCGGGUUCUAUUCGAUUGUUUUCCCCGGCCGAAGAGAGAAAGUUCGAGGGUUCCGGGAAUUCUCUCGGCAUGGCGGCGGCGUCGAGGAGGCUUAGGGAUCUCCAAGCCCGGCAGGGCAACAAGGUAUGCGUCGAUUGCUCCCAGAAGAAUCCACAAUGGGCGUCCGUUUCCUACGGGAUCUUCAUGUGCCUCGAGUGCUCCGGAAAGCACCGCGGGCUCGGCGUGCACAUCAGCUUCGUGCGGUCGGUCACGAUGGACUCGUGGUCGGAGAUCCAGCUGAGGAAGAUGGAGGCCGGAGGGAACGAUCAGUUGAACGCAUUCUUUGCGCAGUACGGGAUCCCCAAGGAGACGGAUGUCGUUGCCAAGUAUAAUUCUCGGGCAGCGUCGGUCUACCGAGACAGGAUUCAGGCGCUAGCGGACGGGAAGCCAUGGACGGAUCCGCCGGUAGUGAAGGAGACCGGCAAGCCACCGCUGGGGCAAAAGCCGGCGAGGGCUAGUCAGAACGGAGGGUGGGGUAGCUGGGGAAAUGAAGACGAUUACAGGGGAGCGACUGACAUGAGGAGGAACCGCUCGAUUGCCGACUUCAGGGGAGCCGGGGCCAGAGGCGGUCCUCCGCGCUCCGUGUCGUCGGACGAUCUCUAUACGCGCUCGCAGCUGGAGGCGUCGGCGGCAAACAAGGAGAGCUUCUUUGCAAGGAAGAUGGCGGAGAAUGAGGCGCGGCCGGAAGGGUUACCACCUUCACAGGGAGGCAAAUAUGUUGGUUUCGGUUCGUCGGGAAGCGUGGCACCACAGAGGAGUAAUUCUCAAGGGGACAUCCUUCGAGAUACGGUUUCUGUGGUCUCUCAGGGUAUUGGCCGUCUGUCACUGGUUGCUGCUUCUGCUGCCACUGUAGUUCAAGCUGGCACACAGGAGCUAACUUCCAAGGUAAGAGAAGGUGGCUAUGAUCAUAAGGUUAAUGAAACAGUAAAUGUGGUUGCAUCAAAGACAUCUGAAAUUGGGCAGAAGACUUGGGGAAUCAUGAAAGGUGUCAUGGCAAUGGCAACUCAGAAAGUUGAGGAGUAUGCAAAAGAGGGUGGAUUCAACUGGAAGACAGAUGGUUGGGAUGCAAAUGAGAAUGGCAAAGAUGGUGAAGGAAAUAGUGGCUACUACGAACAAUUUGGGCAUGAAAACAGUGCUACUAGAUAUUCAGGUGGCCAUUCUGGGAAACAGACUGGUAACUCCCUCAGUAAGACGUCUGAUUCUUGGGAUGACUGGGGCAGAAACGAACCAUACAAAGAGGAUUUUUCCAAGUCCAAAAGCGACGAUAGCUGGUCUGGAUGGGAUGAUGCAAAAGAUGGUGAAGAUGACUUCUACAGUGGGUCAACAAAGAAUGCUUCUGGCAUGAAUAGGAAAUCAGCUGGAUCAUCUUGGACAGAUGGUGGCUUCCAUUAGUCCUUUCAACAUCCAAACUAGGAUUCUGAUUGACUAAAGUAGAAUUUAUACAUUGAAGAUCUGACGUAACACCAAGACUCUGCAAAAAGGGCUGUGACAUGACCCAUAACAAGUUUUGGAUAGCCUGUUAUUCCUUAAGCAAUUAGUCAAUUGGGCCUUUGUCUGGCCGUGUUUUUGUGGUAUUCAUGGAAAGGUUCGACCCUUUUACUGUAAAAUAUGCAUAACAGAGUGGACUCCUAAAUCAUCUGUGCCUGUAUAUGGCAUUCGUGGACCACGGGUGAAUUUUAGGGUUGAGUGACCAGGAUAAACUAUACAGCUAAUUUUUCAUGCCCCUUUUUUGGUAUCCUCAGAAAUUGCUAACAUUGUUCUCUGAUACUAAAAUUGGUAACGGAGGAUCUUCAAGUUGGUCUUGUAGAUUAAGCUUAAGUUGAUGAUAAGCUUUGUAACUUUAAUGUCAAUCAUUCUGGACAUGUUUCUAAUCUAUCUGUAUAACAUGGUCUUGCAUAUGCAUUCUUAUCUUAUCA